GCCCGCGCAGCCCCGGGACCGGGCGGCGGGCAGGUGGCGCGCGGGCGGCCGGGCCGGGCGCAGCGCGGGGGGCGAGGCCGGCGCGUCGCUGGCGGGAGGCCGGGGCACACAGGGGCAUGUGGAUACUGGCCCUCUCCUUGUUCCAGAGCUUCGCGAAUGUCUUCCCUGAGGACCUGCACUCCAGCCUCUACUUUGUCAAUGCAUCUCUGCAAGAGGUAGUGUUCGCCAGCACCACGGGGACCCUGGUGCCCUGCCCCGCUGCCGGCAUCCCUCCCGUGUCUCUUCGAUGGUACCUAGCCACGGGCGAGGAAAUCUACGAUGUCCCCGCGAUCCGCCACGUCCACCCCAACGGCACUCUCCAGAUUUUCCCCUUCCCUCCUUCAAGCUUUAGUACCUUAAUCCAUGAUAAUACUUAUUAUUGCACAGCUGAAAAUCCUUCAGGGAAAAUUAGAAGUCAGGAUGUCCACAUCAAGGCUGUUUUGCGGGAGCCCUAUACAGUCCGUGUGGAGGACCAGAAGACCAUGAGAGGCAAUGUCGCGGUCUUCAAGUGCAUUAUCCCCUCCUCGGUGGAGGUGUACAUCACCGUCGUCUCGUGGGAGAAAGACACUAUCUCACUCAGCUCAGGAUCUAGAUUUCUCAUCACAUCCACGGGAGCCUUGUAUAUUAAAGAUGUACAGAACGAAGAUGGAUUAUAUAAUUACCGCUGCAUCACGCGGCACAGGUACACCGGGGAGACGAGGCAGAGCAACAGCGCUAGACUUUUUGUAUCAGACCCAGCGAACUCAGCCCCAUCCCUCCUGGACGGGUUUGACCAUCGCAAAGCCAUGGCAGGGCAGCACGUGGAGCUGCCCUGCAAAGCGCUUGCGCACCCAGAGCCAGAUUACCGCUGGCUGAAGGACAACAUGCCCCUGGAACUUUCCGGAAGGUUCCAGAAGACGGUGACGGGGCUGCUCAUCGAGAACACACGUCCCUCGGACUCAGGCAGCUACGUGUGUGAGGUGUCUAACAGAUACGGAACCGCGAAGGUGAUCGGCCGCCUGUACGUGAAACAGCCUCUGAAAGCAACGAUCAGCCCCAGGAAGGUGAAGAGCAGCGUGGGCAGCCAGGUGUCCCUGUCCUGCAGCGUGACGGGCAGUGAGGACCAGGAGCUCUCCUGGUACCGAAACGGCGAAAUCCUCAACCCCGGCAAGAACGUGAGGAUCACGGGGCUCAACCACGAGAACCUCAUCAUGGACCACAUGGUCAAAAGCGACGGGGGCGCCUACCAAUGCUUCGUGCGCAAGGACAAGCUGUCUGCGCAGGACUACGUGCAGGUGGUCCUCGAAGAUGGAACCCCCAAAAUCAUUUCUGCCUUUAGCGAAAAAGUGGUGAGCCCAGCAGAGCCGGUAUCCCUCAUGUGCAACGUGAAGGGGACCCCGCUGCCCACCAUCACGUGGACCCUGGACGACGACCCCAUCCUCAAGGGGGGCAGCCACCGCAUCAGCCAGAUGAUCACGUCAGAGGGGAACGUGGUCAGCUACUUGAACAUCUCCAGCUCUCAGGUCCGAGACGGGGGCGUCUACCGGUGCACGGCCAACAACUCAGCGGGAGUCGUCCUGUACCAGGCUCGAAUAAACGUAAGAGGGCCUGCAAGCAUUCGACCAAUGAAAAAUAUCACAGCAAUAGCAGGGCGGGACACAUACAUUCACUGCCGUGUGAUUGGCUACCCUUACUACUCCAUCAAAUGGUACAAGAACUCUAAUUUGCUUCCUUUUAACCACCGCCAAGUGGCAUUUGAGAACAAUGGAACUCUAAAACUCUCGGAUGUACAAAAGGAGGUGGACGAAGGAGAGUACACAUGCAAUGUGCUGGUUCAGCCUCAACUGUCCACCAGCCAGAGUGUUCACGUGACAGUCAAGGUUCCACCUUUUAUCCAACCUUUCGAGUUUCCAAGAUUCUCUAUUGGACAGCGAGUCUUCAUCCCGUGCGUUGUGGUCUCAGGGGACUUGCCCAUCACCAUCACGUGGCAGAAGGACAGCCGGCCGAUCCCAGCGAGCCUAGGAGUCACCAUCGACAAUAUCGACUUCACGAGCUCCCUGCGGAUUUCCAACCUCUCCCUGAUGCACAACGGGAAUUACACCUGCAUUGCCCGGAACGAGGCCGCAGCCGUGGAGCACCAAAGCCAGCUCAUCGUCAGAGUUCCUCCCAAGUUUGUGGUUCAGCCACGUGACCAGGAUGGGAUUUAUGGCAAGGCAGUCAUCCUAAAUUGCUCCGCAGAAGGUUAUCCUGUACCCACCAUCGUGUGGAAAUUCUCUAAAGGUGCUGGGGUUCCCCAGUUCCAACCGAUCGCCCUGAAUGGCCGAAUUCAGGUCCUGAGUAAUGGGUCUUUGUUGAUCAAGCAUGUUGUGGAAGAAGAUAGCGGUUACUACCUCUGCAAGGUCAGCAAUGACGUGGGCGCAGACGUCAGCAAGUCCAUGUACCUCACGGUUAAAAUUCCUGCCAUGAUCACCUCCUACCCAAACACCACCCUCGCCACCCAGGGCCAGAAGAAGGAAAUGAGCUGCACGGCCCACGGGGAGAAGCCCAUCAUCGUCCGCUGGGAGAAGGAGGACCGCAUCAUCAACCCCGAGAUGGCCCGCUACCUGGUGUCCACCAAGGAGGUGGGCGAGGAGGUGAUCUCCACUCUGCAGAUCUUGCCAACUGUCAGGGAGGACUCCGGCUUCUUCUCCUGCCACGCUAUCAAUUCCUAUGGGGAGGACCGUGGGAUCAUCCAGCUCACAGUGCAAGAGCCCCCAGACCCUCCUGAAAUCGAGAUCAAAGACGUACGGGCACGAACCAUCACCCUCAGGUGGACCAUGGGGUUCGAUGGCAACAGCCCCAUCACGGGCUACGACAUCGAGUGUAAAAAUAAAUCAGACUCCUGGGAUUCUGCUCAGAGAACCAAAGAUGUUUCCCCUCAGCUGAACUCGGCCACCAUCAUUGAUAUCCACCCUUCCUCCACCUACAGCAUCCGCAUGUACGCCAAGAACCGGAUCGGCAAGAGCGAGCCCAGCAACGAGCUCUCCAUCACCGCCGACGAGGCAGCUCCUGACGGGCCCCCUCAGGAAGUCCACCUGGAGCCCAUCUCGUCCCAGAGCAUCAGGGUGACCUGGAAGGCGCCCAAGAAGCACCUGCAGAACGGCAUCAUCCGCGGCUACCAGAUCGGGUACCGCGAGUACAGCACGGGCGGCAACUUCCAGUUCAACAUCGUGAGCAUCGACACCACGGGCGACAGCGAGAUCUACACGCUGGACAACCUCAACAAGUUCACGCAGUACGGGCUGGUGGUGCAGGCCUGCAACCGCGCGGGCACCGGCCCGUCCUCCCAGGAGAUCAUCACCACCACGCUGGAGGACGUGCCCAGCUACCCCCCGGAAAAUGUGCAAGCCAUAGCCACGUCCCCGGAAAGCAUAUCAAUAUCGUGGUCCACGCUCUCCAAGGAAGCCUUGAACGGGAUUCUGCAGGGCUUCAGGGUCAUCUACUGGGCCAACCUCAUGGACGGAGAGCUGGGCGAGAUCAAGAACGUCACCACCACGCAGCCCUCCCUGGAGUUGGACGGGCUGGAGAAGUACACCAACUACAGCGUGCAGGUGCUGGCCUUCACGCGGGCGGGCGACGGCGUCCGCAGCGAGCAGAUCUUCACCCGGACCAAGGAGGACGUUCCAGGUCCCCCGGCCGGCGUGAAGGCAGCCGCGGCGUCCGCCUCCAUGGUCUUCGUGUCCUGGCUGCCCCCUCUCAAGCUCAACGGCAUCAUCCGGAAGUACACCAUCUUCUGCUCCCACCCCUACCCCACGGUGAUCAGCGAGUUUGAAGCCUCCCCCGACUCAUUCUCCUACAGAAUCCCCAACCUGAGCCGCAACCGGCAGUACAGCGUCUGGGUGGUGGCCGUCACCUCGGCCGGGAGGGGCAACAGCAGCGAGAUCAUCACCGUGGAGCCCCUGGCCAAAGCCCCGGCGCGAAUCCUCACCUUCAGUGGCACGGUGACCACCCCCUGGAUGAAAGACAUCGCGCUGCCCUGCAAGGCGGUGGGGGACCCCUCCCCGGCGGUGAAGUGGAUGAAGGACAGUAACGGGACCCCCAGCCUGGUGAUGAUUGACGGGAGACGGAGCAUCUUCAGCAACGGGAGCUUCGUCAUCCGGACCGUGAAGGCCGAGGACUCGGGCUACUACAGCUGCAUCGCCAACAACAACUGGGGCUCCGACGAGAUCAUCCUGAACUUACAAGUGCAAGUCCCACCGGAUCAACCCCGGCUCACCGUGUCCAAAACCACUUCCUCCUCCAUCACUCUCUCCUGGCUCCCCGGGGACAACGGCGGCAGCUCCAUCCGAGGCUACAUCCUGCAGUACUCGGAGGACAACAGCGAGCAGUGGGGCAGCUUCCCCAUCAGCCCCAGCGAACGCUCCUACCGCCUGGAGAACCUCAAGUGCGGCACCUGGUACAAGUUCACGCUGACGGCACAGAACGGGGUGGGGCCCGGGCGCAUCAGCGAGAUCAUCGAGGCCAAGACGCUGGGGAAAGAGCCCCAGUUCUCCAAGGAGCAGGAGCUGUUCGCCAGCGUCAACACCACCCGCGUGCGGCUCAACCUCAUCGGCUGGAACGACGGCGGCUGCCCCAUCACCUCCUUCACGCUCGAGUACCGGCCCUUCGGCACCACGGUCUGGACCACGGCGCAGCGCACGUCCCUGUCCAAGUCCUACAUCCUGUACGACCUGCAGGAGGCCACGUGGUACGAGCUGCAGAUGCGCGCCUGCAACAGCGCGGGCUGCGCCGAGAAGCAGGCCAACUUCGCCACGCUCAACUACGACGGCAGCACCAUCCCUCCGCUCAUCAAGUCGGUGGUGCAGAGCGAGGAAGGGCUGACGACCAACGAGGGGCUCAAGAUGCUGGUGACCAUCGCCUGCAUCCUGGUGGGCGUCCUGCUGCUGCUGGUGCUCCUGCUGGUAGUGCGGAGGCGGCGGCGGGAGCAGCGGCUCAAGAGGCUGAGAGAUGCAAAGAGUUUAGCUGAAAUGCUCAUGAGCAAGAACACCCGGACCUCGGACACCUUGAGCAAGCAGCAGCAGACUCUGAGGAUGCAUAUCGACAUACCCAGGGCUCAGCUUCUGAUCGAGGAGAGGGACACCAUGGAGACCAUCGAUGACCGCUCCACCGUGCUGCUCACGGAUGCCGACUUCGGAGAGGCGGCCAAGCAGAAGUCCCUGACCGUCACGCACACGGUCCACUACCAGGCGGUGUCGCAGGCCACGGGGCCCCUGGUGGACGUCUCAGAUGCUCGGCCGGGAACGAAUCCUACCACGCGGAGAAACGCCAAGGCCGGGCCCACGGCGAGGAACCGGUACGCCAGCCAGUGGACGCUCAACAGACCGCACCCCACCAUCUCCACACACACGCUCACCACAGACUGGAGGCUGCCGACACCCCGGGCCGCCGGGUCCAUGGACAAGGAGAGCGACAGCUACAGCGUCAGCCCCUCCCAAGACACAGACCGAGCGCGGAGCAGCAUGGUCUCCACAGAAAGUGCCUCCUCCACCUACGAAGAACUGGCCCGGGCCUACGAGCACGCCAAGAUGGAAGAGCAGCUGCGCCACGCCAAGUUCACCAUCACCGAGUGCUUCAUCUCCGACACCUCGUCGGGACAGUUGACGGCAGGGACUAACGAGUACACGGACAGCCUGACCUCCAGCACCCCCUCGGAGUCGGGGAUCUGCCGCUUCACCGCGUCUCCCCCCAAGCCUCAGGACGGAGGGCGGGUGGCCAACAUGGCGGUUCCAAAGGCACAUCGGCCAGGUGACCUCAUCCACUUACCUCCGUACCUUCGCAUGGACUUUCUGUUGAGCAGAAGCGGCGCGGGCACCAGCCGGGACCUCAGCUUGGGACAGGCAUGCUUGGAACCUCAAAAAAGCCGGACCCUAAAGCGCCCCACGGUCCUGGAGCCCAUCCCCAUGGAGGCCGCCUCGUCCAGCUCCUCCACGAGGGACGGACAGCAGUGGCAGCAGGGGGCCGCCGCCGCCACCGCCGCCGCCGUGGCCGCCUUGCCCCCGCGCGAGGGCGCCGAGCUGGGCCAGGCGGCCAAAAUGAGCAGCUCCCAAGAGUCCCUGCUGGACUCCCGGGGCCACGGGAAGGGGAAUAACCCCUACGCGAAAUCCUACACCCUGGUAUGACACACAGCGGGACCGGACAGCGCUUGUAAAUACGAUUUAAAAACACAAAAUUCAAUCCAAGCUACCUUUUUUUUACGGAAUUCCAAUAUUUAUAAUUAAAGAAAAUUGCCAAAAUAUAUUAAAAAAAAAAAAAGAAAAGAUACUGAAAACCCCAGACAGUGCAAAGACUCUCCCGCGUUUUUUCAGUCUGAUGUGAACUCCAUCUGCCUGGGCGUCUGAUUUUUGGGGAAAGAAGUCCAGUUUUAUGAUCUUCACAGGCUACUGCAUUUUUACUGAUUUUCUACAAAGUGCAUGGGGACUAAUUCCACCUUCUGACUAGAAGUUUGAGCACACAGGAUUCAAGAGAGAGGAUGGCGGGGGGCUGGGGGACGCACCCCCCACCACCCCGUUGGGAAUCUCCGAGACGAUGCGUUGGGGGAGGGGAGGAGCUGUCGUGUUUGCACACUUUGCUUUCCCAUCGGGCAGGGGCUCUGCAGUCGGACCUUCUUCUGUUGUUAAUGAGGACAAGUGCCGUCGGGGGCAGGGCGGGUGGGGGAAUCAAUUUGAUUUUCCUUCGGUUUAUUUUUUAAUUUCCUGAGACACUCUUUGCAUUUUGUCUAAGCGAAAUAAACAAGAAAAGGUGAGCUGCCUUCACGCCGCUGUCUGCUUCUCUCACUGUGCCCUUCAGGACGGCUCAGGCCCGCCACGCCCCGUUCCCCAGAGAGGCUGGCAGGGGCCCAAAGGCCACAGCUGGCCCCAGUCGUGGGGAGGGCUGGCCAGGUGUCCUAGACCUCCCAACUGCCUCGCUCCCGGCUUCCCCCACACUCCGGCAUUCGCGCUAGGCCAGGAUUCCGCACUCUCGGGAGUCGUCAGGCCAAACCCGGCCCACGGCUCCUCUUAUCAAUAAAGUUUUACUGGGGCCCAGAGAGAGAGCACAGUGGGUAAGGCACCUGCCUCCCAUGCAACCAGUGCUCCCCCCUCCCCAGGGCCCCCCUGAAUACCACCAGGAAUGACCCUGAGUGCAGAGACAGAAAAGUAAGCCCUGCGCACCUCCAGCUCCCAGAACCCAAUGAAUGAAUACUUAUUUAAUGAAGUUUGGUUUGGACGCGGCCAUGUGCACCAUUUGGCUGUUCCCUGCUGCCGUGGCGGAGGGGAGUGGUCACUCCCGGGGGGUCUGGCCUGCACAGCUGAUAAUUCGGACCAGCUGCUCCUCCCAGGAACGGCUCUCAGACCCCUGCUCUGCCAGCCUGCAGGGAAACGGGAGAGUCCAUGCGCCCGGCCCACACUGACUGGUGUCCGAGUCUGCAGUGGACACUGGGUUCUCCCUCUGCGCCCACGUCAGCGCCAGGAGCAGCCGCCUUGCUCUGCGCCCGGCCCAGGACCCGCCUGCUUGGGUCCUGUGGGUGUUUCAUAUGCGCUUGCCCUGGGUGAGGACAAACCCUGCCAGGGUCCGAGGCCCCCAUGGGCUGCCUCCUUCCCGUGCCCCACGAUGCCUUCCUGUGUGCUUUGGUGAGUGUGUGGAGUCAUCCCACGCCCCCUUCCCCGAGAGUAGGGACACAGGCCUCCUGGCAGGGUCUGACCCUGAACCGCCCCCACACCCAACCCCCUGCAACAGGCUACGAGGGCCUGCAGCUGCCUGCAGGUACUCACAGGUACCCAUGAGUACCCGUGAGUACCUGUGAGUAACUGUGAGUACUUGUGAGUACCUGCAGGUACCUGCGAGUGCCUGUGGGUACCUCCAAGUACCCAUGAGUACCCGUGACUGCCCGUGAGUAUCUGUGAGUAACUGUGAGUACUUGUGAGUACCUGCAGGUACCUGCAAGUGCCUGUGGGUACCUCUAAGUACCUGUGAGUACCCAUGAGUACCUGUGAGUAACUGAGUACUUGUGAGUACCUGCAGGUACCUGUGAAUACCUGUGGGCACCUUCCUCCCCUUCACAUUCCCCAUGAGGCCUGUGAGGCUCGAGCACAGGCUGUUACUGGGCUCGACACUUCCUAGACUUCCUCCUUCCUCCUGUCUCCCCUCCCCUCCCCCUCCCCCCUUCUUUCUUGCCUCCCUCUGUCUGCACCUCCCACCAAGCCGUGUCAUCCAGCGAAACCAAAGGUCCAAAAUCGUGUGAUGGUCCCGUCCCUAGCCCUGUCCCCAGGUGCUCCCAUGAGAAUGACGUGUGCAUUUUCCCCCUUUCUCCUUGUCUUGACUUCAGAGUUCAAUCCCUGUUGACAGCUUCUGGUUUGCAAUCCUCACCAGUGCUCUCAAGGCUGCUUUUUUUUUUUAUGCAUAAGAAAUGAAAUGCUAUUUCUGGGAGAAAAUUAAAGCUCAAGCUUUCAUCAAUCAAACUUUUUUAUUCCCCAAACUUUAAAAUUUCCCUUU